AUGGAAUUGCAAGAAAAUUUUAUCAUACGCUUUGUGUGUUCUUAAAUACUUGUAAAUUUGGUUUUUUUUGUCUACAAUGGCUCAGGUUGCUUUUCUUGACAACCUGCUGCGUGAGUACCUGGUUUUUAGAGGCUACUCCAGCACAUUAAAAGCACUGGAUGUGGAGCAGCGCAACGAAAGGGAACAGCACCAGCACUUCCGUGCCGAAAAAAUAAUUGAACAAUUUAAUAACGCGGUGCAAAUAUACGAUUUAAACGCGCUCCGCACUUUAUGGCUGCACUUGGACAAUAAUCUCUUCACAAAACUGGAGCACACUUAUGCCGUGGCCGUAAAAAAACUGGAGAACAGCCUACUGAAGUACUAUCUGGUAACAGCAUAUAGCAACAACAAAAUGGAUAAGGUAUCAGAGUUCUUCAAUAAAAUGGCUGGCGAGCUGCAGCAACAAAGUGAAUGGAAAGAUUGGUUUUACUUUCCAUUUUGCAAAAAUGCCGAGGAAUCGCCCACGUUCGCCUUGUACUUUACUAAACAAUGGCAGGACACGUUGCUGUUGUCUUUGCGCAACUUUCUCACAACCGUCUAUCAGUGUCUGCCGCAACCGACCUUUGUUAGAGCCGAACAGGAAGCCGUGCAUAUGCAGCGUUUACAGGAGGAGAAUGCGCGUCUACGCUCGCGUGUGCAGCAGCUUCAGCAGGAACAGCUGCAGCAGCAGCAACAACAACAAUCUCAGCAGCUGGCCAGCGCAGGAAGCUCCCAAAAUUUGGCCAGUGGCAACAACAGCGAGUCAACGGCACGAAGACGCAGCGCGUACAGACAACAACAGAGCCUUAGCGAUAUCCUGCCUUUCGAUAUUAGUCCGCCGGGUCACAUUGUCGACGACUUCUGCAUUAUUGCUUCCGAGGCGAAUAGCGUGGCUCAGGCCAGUGAUGCUCAGGCCCGUGGCCUAAAGAUGCUCAUACGAAACAUUGGCUCCGGAGGCUCCCCUGUGCUGGGACGCAAGGAUAAUGCCUCCGCAAGUACUAGUGGCGAAAAGUCAUCCAAGCGCAGGUCUGGCAGUGUGGGACGCAGUUGGAUUUAGUUGCCCAACAUCUCAUAUUUCCCAGAGAGAAAAAAAGUACACACACAAUGAUAAUUCUAUUUAUUUUUUAUUAUUUUUAAAUGCUGGCUUUUUAUUUUGCGCUUCUUCCUUAAGACAUAAAUUGUUAGAAAUAAGGAGCAAAUGCAUUUAAAUUAUCAUUUAAUUGCAAUAAAUAACGUAAAAUUAUAAAUUGUAGAAUAAAUAUAUAUGUAUAUAGGUAUAUA